CCCAGAGUUGGGUGAUGUGGAGACUGGAGCUCCAGAAGUGAGGAAUCUUUUUUUUUGCCUAGUUUGAUCAUUGCCAUGUCCCCAUACCCAGAACGAUGCCUGACCUAUAUUAAACUUUCUGAAAUACAUGUUGAAAGAAAGAAUGAAAUCCUCCCAAGAGAACCAUUUUACUGGUGAGGAAACUGAGGCUCAAUGAGUUAUUGAUUUGCCCUGCGUCUAAACCCGUGUCCUGAGGUGCCUGGGUUUCCAGCAAGCCUGCUCCCGACGGCUUUGCAAAGCUGCAUGUCUAAGACACUUGGCAUUGUCCCUGCCGCCCCAUAAUGCUCCACAAAUAUUAAUGAGCUUGCCUACAUGGAUCAGCCCCUCUCCUGCGCUAGACAAUCAGGCAGAGUGACGAACUGUCACACAGCCGUUGCUUGAGAAAUUGAAUUAAAUUGCAUGUUGCAAAGAAAAGGUGGACCUUUUGGAGUUUUUGGAGGAAGAAUUCCUAACCCAACUGCCAAUGGUAGGAGUCUUCAGGGGCCUCUCAGGCCUCCCCAGCCCAGCUCUUUUUCCUGCCUCCUUCCCUUUUGUGAGCCUUUCUUCCUCUUUUUGCUUGCAGUGAGUUCUGCUCUCCAGUAGGCUACAAUGUGUCAGUUGUUAUAAAAUCCGGGAGGUGGAGCUUGGUGACGAGAGCGGUGGGGGAGCACUCGGCCAGCCCUGCAGGGCGUGCAGUCCAGCCUCCGGUUCACGGAGCUUAAGCCUUGCAGCAGGAGAACUUCCACCUCGCUCUCCUGGCUUUGAGCCUCACUGUAUAUCGGAGCAGAGGCGCCGAAGGGAGGGAGGAUGCGAGAUGAUCGGCCCUUUGGCAACCUGACUAUCUCUUUAACAGAGCCUUGGAAAACCAGCCGGAGGCUGACUGCAGGACCAAGGAGGCGCCGCGCCUCUUGUGGAUGUGUGUGUGUGUAUGUGUGUGUGUGAGAGGGUGAGCGGGUGUGAGGGUGUGUGAGUGUGCAUCACGACUGCGUGUGUGCAUGGCUGGAUGAGUGCGCCAGUGCACGCGUGAGUGUGUGACUGUGUGUGUGUGUGUGUGAGAGAGAGAGAGAGUGAGAGUGAGUGCUCUUGGUUAUUAUUUUUUUGGAAGAAAAAUCUUGAAAAUCUCGGGCAGGUUACCGUGCUCCUAGGGUGGUGGUUCUUCUGCAAGAGGAGUUGACCAGACCAAGCUACUUGAGACAUUUUUCUCGCCAAGUAAAGAGAAAUUUCCUCUGAGAACGAGAGGGAUUUUUCCGCUGGCUCUGCAGCUGAGUAAAAGAGAUUAGCCCCCUACACCUGUGAAAUCGACCAGAGCCGUGUGAUUACUAGGGUUGGAGCGAGGACUCGGGAAGAAAAGGAGCAAUAAAUCCAACAGCCUGUCAGUGCCUUUGGCCACAUUGGAAGAUGUCAUCUCAAACUAAGUUCAAGAAAGACAAAGAGAUCAUUGCCGAAUAUGAAGCUCAAAUAAAAGAGAUCCGCACGCAGCUGGUGGAGCAGUUCAAGUGCUUGGAGCAGCAGUCGGAGUCGAGGCUGCAGCUGCUCCAGGACCUCCAGGAGUUUUUCCGCCGGAAAGCCGAGAUUGAGCUCGAGUAUUCCCGCAGCCUGGAGAAGCUGGCCGAGCGCUUCUCCUCCAAGAUCCGCAGCUCCCGGGAGCACCAGUUCAAGAAAGACCAGUAUCUCCUCUCGCCCGUGAACUGUUGGUAUCUAGUCCUGCACCAGACCAGGCGGGAGAGCCGAGACCAUGCCACCCUCAACGACAUCUUCAUGAACAAUGUCAUUGUCCGCCUCUCCCAGAUCAGUGAGGAUGUCAUCAGACUCUUCAAAAAGAGCAAGGAGAUUGGCCUGCAGAUGCAUGAGGAGCUACUGAAGGUCACCAAUGAGCUCUACACAGUCAUGAAAACCUACCACAUGUACCAUGCAGAGAGCAUCAGUGCGGAAAGCAAGCUGAAGGAGGCCGAGAAGCAGGAGGAGAAGCAGUUCAACAAGUCAGGAGACCUCAGCAUGAACCUGCUCCGGCAUGAGGACCGGCCCCAGCGCCGCAGCUCUGUGAAGAAGAUCGAGAAGAUGAAGGAGAAGAGGCAGGCAAAGUAUUCUGAGAACAAGCUGAAGUGCACCAAGGCCCGGAACGACUACUUGCUGAAUCUGGCAGCCACCAACGCGGCUAUAAGCAAAUACUACAUCCACGACGUCUCCGACCUCAUCGACUGCUGUGACUUGGGCUUUCACGCCAGCCUGGCCCGCACCUUCCGGACCUACCUCUCAGCCGAGUACAACCUGGAGACCUCUCGCCACGAGGGGCUGGACGUCAUCGAGAAUGCCGUGGACAACCUAGAUUCCCGAAGCGACAAGCACACGGUCAUGGACAUGUGUAACCAGGUCUUCUGUCCCCCGCUCAAGUUCGAGUUUCAGCCCCACAUGGGGGACGAGGUGUGCCAGGUCAGCGCCCAGCAGCCCGUCCAGACGGAACUGCUCAUGCGGUACCACCAGCUGCAGUCCAGACUGGCCACUCUCAAGAUUGAGAAUGAGGAGGUUAGAAAAACUCUGGAUGCCACCAUGCAGACCUUGCAGGACAUGCUGACCGUGGAGGACUUUGACGUCUCUGAUGCCUUCCAACACAGCCGGUCCACGGAGUCUGUGAAGUCGGCCGCCUCCGAGACCUACAUGAGCAAGAUCAACAUCGCCAAGAGGAGAGCCAACCAGCAGGAGACAGAAAUGUUCUAUUUUACGAAAUUUAAAGAGUAUGUUAAUGGCAGUAACCUCAUCACUAAGCUGCAAGCCAAGCACGACUUACUCAAGCAGACUCUGGGCGAAGGCGAGAGAGCGGAAUGCGGUACAACCAGGCCCCCCUGUCUUCCCCCUAAACCACAGAAAAUGAGGAGACCUAGGCCUCUCUCAGUGUGUAGCCAUAAACUAUUUAACGGCUGUAUGGAAACGUUCAUUAAGGAUUCAGGACAAGCUAUACCACUGGUCGUCGAGAGCUGUAUCCGAUACAUCAACUUAUAUGGACUCCAGCAGCAAGGCAUCUUCAGAGUGCCAGGAUCUCAGGUUGAAGUCAAUGACAUCAAAAAUUCCUUUGAGAGAGGUGAAGACCCCCUUGUGGAUGACCAAAAUGAACGAGAUAUCAAUUCAGUUGCUGGCGUUCUAAAACUGUAUUUCCGAGGACUGGAAAACCCACUCUUUCCUAAGGAAAGGUUUCAAGAUUUGAUAUCUACUAUUAAACUGGAGAACCCAGCUGAGAGGGUGCACCAGAUCCAACAGAUCCUCAUCACCCUUCCCCGCGUGGUCAUCGUGGUCAUGAGAUACCUCUUUGCUUUCCUCAACCACCUCUCACAGUAUAGCGACGAGAACAUGAUGGAUCCCUACAACCUGGCCAUCUGCUUUGGACCCACCCUCAUGCACAUCCCUGAUGGGCAAGACCCUGUGUCCUGCCAGGCACACGUCAACGAAGUCAUCAAAACCAUCAUCAUCCAUCAUGAAGCCAUCUUCCCCAGCCCCCGGGAGCUAGAGGGACCUGUGUAUGAGAAAUGCAUGGCUGGAGGGGAAGAAUAUUGUGACAGCCCGCACAGCGAGCCAGGGACCAUUGAUGAAGUUGACCAUGACAACGGCACGGAGCCUCACACCAGUGACGAAGAAGUGGAGCAGAUCGAGGCCAUCGCCAAGUUUGACUACGUGGGGCGGUCCCCGCGGGAGCUGUCCUUCAAGAAGGGAGCCUCACUGCUGCUGUACCACCGAGCCUCCGAGGACUGGUGGGAGGGUCGUCACAACGGUGUGGAUGGGCUCAUCCCACAUCAGUACAUAGUUGUACAGGACAUGGACGACGCCUUCUCUGACAGCCUGAGCCAAAAGGCCGACAGCGAGGCCAGCAGUGGGCCGCUGCUGGACGACAAGGCCUCUUCCAAAAACGACCUGCAGUCCCCCACGGAGCACAUCUCGGAUUACGGCUUUGGGGGGGUGAUGGGCCGAGUGCGGUUACGAUCUGAUGGAGCAGCCAUCCCCAGGCGCCGAAGCGGGGGCGACACACACAGCCCACCCCGGGGCCUGGGCCCCAGCAUAGACACACCGCCCCGGGCCGCCGCCUGCCCCAGCAGCCCCCACAAAAUCCCCCUCACCCGGGGAAGGAUCGAGAGCCCCGAGAAGCGGAGGAUGGCGACGUUCGGGAGCGCCGGCAGCAUCAACUACCCCGACAAGAAGGCGCUCUCCGAAGGGCACAGCAUGCGGUCGACGUGCGGCUCCACCAGGCACAGCAGCCUGGGGGACCACAAGUCCCUGGAGGCCGAGGCCCUGGCAGAAGACAUUGAGAAGACCAUGAGUACGGCUCUGCACGAGCUUCGAGAGCUGGAGAGGCAGAACACGGUCAAGCAGGCGCCAGAUGUGGUGCUGGACACCCUGGAGCCCCUGAAGAACCCGCCAGGCCCCAUCAGCUCGGAACCGGCCAGCCCCCUGCACACCAUCGUUAUCCGCGACCCCGACGCCGCCAUGCGCCGCAGCAGCAGCAGCUCCACCGAGAUGAUGACCACCUUCAAGCCAGCCCUGUCCGCCCGCUUGGCCGGCGCCCAGCUGCGCCCGCCCCCCAUGCGGCCGGUGCGACCCGUGGUCCAGCAUCGGUCCAGCAGCAGCAGCAGCUCAGGAGUAGGCAGCCCAGCCGUGACGCCUACCGAGAAGAUGUUCCCCAACAGCUCGGCUGACAAGUCGGGCACCAUGUGACCUGCGGGAUGGCGGGCACCGCCCUGGCCCGCUGCGGCCCGCCGUGGCCAAGGGCGGCCUCAGUGACUUCCGCGUCCUCCCAGGGCUCCUGGCUUUGUCGGGCAGGGACCAGAAGGUCAGCCUGGGAGCACGUCUGUGCGGAGCUGAGUCCCAGGUCGAGCCGCAGCGCGCCUUCAGUCACAUGGACCCCCCACCUCCCUCCCGCGUACACACAGACACCAGAGCAAGCGGUGAGGAGCGGUACCCCGGCUGGAGCGAUUCCCGAGAUCACGGCCCGUGUUAAAUGGCUUCGCCCGCAUAUCGUCACUGGAAAAUUAUUCUCUCUACAUUCUCUCUACAUGCAUAUAUACGUGUAUAUGUAUGCGUGUGCAUAUGUACACGUAUGUAUGCAUGUAUGUGUCUGUAGGUGUGUGUAUAUAUAUAUAUAUAUUUAUGCAUCUAUAUACAUAUACUAGAUCUGGACACACAUACAAAAUGUAUAUAGGAUCUCCUUUUUCUUUUUAUGAAACUUAGAUUUACCUCAGACCCAUGCCACCAAACAUCUCCCGCUGAGUUAUUUGGUGGGAUUUGCAGGGACUUUUCUGGGAGAAUUUAAAGGCCCACAGUAACUGCGAAUGAAGCAAUAUACCACUAACCUGCAGAAAAACAAAACCAGUCUCCCACUGUCUCCAGAAGUUGUGGCCUUCCAGAACAGUCUGCCCCUAAAGGAAGUGUGGGGCAGGUGGCACCCUGGGCAGACUGCUCCCACAGGUGGGGACCACUUCACAGAGCCCCCUCCCCAUCCACGCCCCAGAGACCCUGCCUUUCCACCCGGAGGCCAAGACCAAUUGCACCCCCAAAAGCAUGGAGGACGUUGGCAAGAAGAGCCCUGACCUCAGCGGCCUGUGUUCGUUAGUAGAAGAGGGGAUGGUGAGAGCCUGAGCCCCAUUGUAGCACAGUAUUAUGUGUGGUUGGGAAAAAGGAAAAAAAAAAAAACAAAAAAACCAAACACGGUGGUGUGGAACACUUCAAAACCUAGAAACGCUGUAGGAACAAUUCUGUGGUAACUAUAGAGGUUUAACUUAUACCAUUUUCAAAAUAUUUAAUUUUUUCUUUUCCUCUUUCUACUAAUUAUACUGUGUCAGAUUCUGGAACUAAACAGGCAAGGAGAGUUUGAGUCCCAUCGUUUUUUAAUUUGAAAUCAGGCCAUGACGCGCUCUGGCUGGUGGCCUUUUGCAUGAAGCACACAGGGCUGUAAGUACGCAGCUCAGACCAGGCCUGGGGAGGGAGUCCUUGUCACCUGCCAUCCAAGAGAAUGCUUCGGUGGAGUUUAUGCAGUGAAAUAGCUGCCUCCUCCCUCUUCCCUUCCCUUUCACUCACCUCCUCCAGCGCAUUUAACAAAAUUGAAAAUAUGGGGAAAGAAUUGGGUGGGGGGGGCGUGUCACCUCAUUGAGCCUCAGUUUCCUGCUCCAUAAAAUGUGAGCAAGCAAACCGUGCAACCUAGGAAGCACUGUACUGACACGACUGCUCUUUUCAUGGUCAUCAGUAAGGUGAAAACCACCUAGCACCUUCCUUUUGAAACCUCCUAAUGGCAUUUGAGAAGUAGGCAGUGGAAUUUUCCUACCAGCUUCAUAAGAGUCAUGAAGCACAAUCCUGCAGAUAAGUCACCUCUUGACAUUCCAUCAUUACCAUGUCAGCCCAUUGGAUUAAUUUUGCCCUCUCCUCUGGUCCCCAGAGAGGGAGUCAUAUGAAGCCACAUUUACCUGGGUGUGUAGGGACGGUGAGCCACACUGCCUUGCCUGAAGAACUGGCCUUGAGAGUCGGGAGGAAUAAGGACUCAAAAAGAGAAUGCCAGGGAGAGGCUAGUGACAAAUUCGACCUUCUUUGUUUUGCCUAGAGUUGGAAAUGAAAGAGCCUCAGAUCGAGCUAGGAGCCCUCUGCUAUUUAGCAUAUAAAGCAAUCCACCCCACCCCCUCCACCCCCACUGCAUUACAGCUUAGGGAAGGAAACAAGGCCUUAGGAUGGCUACGACUUGCCCAAGAUUUAAUAGAUGGCUGAGGGUGCGGCUGGGUCUGGCUCCUAAAACCAUUUAUUUGCAAGGAUUCUGUGAUGUCCAGCCAGGACAAGAGACUUCUCAUUUCUACCCCAGAGAGACUCCCAGACCUUAAAUACAGUGGCUUUCUGUGCAAAGUAUCACAUUCUCUGCCAUGACUACCAGAUGAAACAUGAAAAUUUGAGUUGACAGAUCUGUUGCCUGAUAUACAUAACACCAGUCAGGUCAUGUGGGUUUUCCUCUGAAUUGACUAACUUACUGAAUAUAGGCCUGCCUUUCACCGAAUUACCUACCUGAAGGACAGGGCCUUUCUGUUUUCUUUAAGCACCUGUUUUUCCAUUGGGAAAUGGCCGAUGAGCUCACAUUUAGGCAAACUCACACCCCACUCAUCCAGCUCCAAAUCUGAGCCUUGACGCAGAACCAAAUGGAAAAAUAUUGCCCCCCUCCCCACCCAUCUGGCGCUCUGCAUGUCUCAGGCCCCCUCCACACGCACCCAGGCCCGCCCACGGUCAUGAGCAUUGGCAUUCUCUUCUGACUCCUGCCUGUGUUAGUCCACUAUAUAUUGCUGUAUUUGCUUAAAUGCUGGAAAGUAACUGUUAAAAUGUGAAACUGUAAUUUUUAAAAAGGCUACAAUGAAAUUAUAGCCAAUGCCACUCACCAAAUCUUUGCACCUAGUAGAUAGAUCAAUGUAAAAAAAACAAAUACCAGAAACCUAACUGUACAGUGAGUGUGGGGGAAAUGUAGUAACCUAGUUAGUAGUCCUCAGUAUAACCAAUUGUACAAGGGGAAGUGGUGUUUACCUACCUGUCCAUCACCAUUACUGGAAGCUGUACUGAUCAGUUCAUUGAUAACGGGCAAUUUUUUUUUGUUUUUUGUUUUUGUUUUGCUCUUCACAGAAUGAUUUCUUAACCUUCAAUUUACCCUGAGGUCAAGCCUUUUGUCUUUCUGUGUUACCGGUGUUCAGUCUCUUUUAGGAAUGAACCAGCAAGAUGUUCAUUUAAAACUGACCAAAGAACAAAUUCAUUCCUGGUCUAGUUUCCUGGGCCUGGGGCCCAGCCUCCGGCCGCUAAGGACCUUUCUUGGAUAAAAUUGAGAACGAGCCGUGCUUCCUACCCCACACCCCCUCUCUCCCUUUAGUCCCCUUUCCUCUUAAAGAGCUGCUCUGAACUGUGGGAUUCUGUGAAAAAUUCUUGCCUUUCCUUGUUUUCAGUGCUAACGAUUUCUCACCUUGAAGCGCCUUUUGAACCCCGGACAGAGCGCACAACUGGAGGGAAUUGUCAGCUUGGGAAUUAGACUUGGGGUGGGGGUGGGGGGUCUUUUCUCUGAGGUCACUGGGCCCUCAGGGGCAGGCGAGCAGUGGAUUCCCACCAGGUUCCUAUCCCAUGAAGAAAUCUGAGUGGGAAGAGAUGCAGGGAAGUGGAGCCAUCCCUUGGCUGCCGGCCGGAACCAGCAGCUCAGUGAUCUGCCUUAUAAACACUCUGCAACUGGUUGGUGGUACCCAUGUGGGGCCAGUGCAGGGAAGGGCCUGGCGCGGGGCUUGCUUUCCUUUUGGAGGCCCUCAGAGUGCCUUGUCGGGGGGGUUAUUUCUUUCUCAUUCAGGAGGCAUGGAUGCAGAGGACUUCCUGGGUCCUGGUCGUUACCUGGCGCUCAGUGCAUGGACUUGGCUGUUGGAAAACCAUGAGGACUAACGUAAUGGUUCUUCCUCUUAGUCUCUCUGUCCCUGACUUUUCACACUAGAGCAAAUGCCUCACCCUCCCGAGAAACCCAGAAAGAAGAUAAGGCUGGCUCACGACUAUGGGGGGAGGGAAAGCUGCUGGGUUCAGGGAGGAGGGGUCGGGAGGAAAAGCUAGGAAGGGGUGAGCCGAGGUGUUGCUGAGAUGAUUUUCUGCUGUGCAGAGCUAGUGCUGAUGUCUCAUGUCAACUUCCCUGGUUCUCUGGGGUCCCCGCUCCUCUGAGCAGCUGCGUAGAGAAUUCCCCACAUAUCCAAAGCUGCUGGGGGAGCUGGGGGCGGGCGAGGGACUUUGCUGCCAGGUCGGAGUCCUCCUUGCCUCUCCGAAGUUGAUCUGCCAGCGUCCUGGUCCUGCCGUCUCAACCUUUGGGACUGCUCCUCGCUGAUGCCUCCUCUCCGAGUGAACUGCCCGAGGCAAACGACGACCUUGAACCAGAACGGCCAGGGUGCACUUUACUUUCCUUGGAAGGAAGUAGCUUCUGGCCAGGGUUUCUGCUCAGGCUCUAGUCCCCGGCAGUGUGACUGUUUACACGGUUUGGCAAUAGGUUCAGUUCUGAUUGCUUCAGAGUGGCUGGUCUAUUUAGUUUCCUUUGGUUUCCUUCCUCCCCAAACUGUCAGGAAAAUCAAACUGAAACCACCCUAGGAAAUUGCUGGUUGCCUGUCCCCAUGUGGUGAUAAGUGUUUCCCUCUCCCGGACAUCGUUUCUCUCCCUUACAACCCAGCGCCCGUGCCGUAGAGUGUCUGACUGGAUCCUCUGUUGCGUAUUCUCAUGGUGCCUGCUGGUUUGAUGUGGAGCUACCCUGUGAAAUAAAACGGCUUAACUUUU